AUGCUGGGUGCUGUCCUGCUGCUGCUGGCACUGGCCAAGCCAGUGUGCCCGAGUCCGGCAGGUGCGGGGAGCCAACGGGCUGAGGUGCUGAAGAGGCUCCUGGAAGUCUUUGGCAUGGAAGACCCUCCGCCCCCCCCGGCUCACUUCAAGCAGCCACCCCAGUACAUGGUGGAUCUAUUCAACACCGUUGCCAAUGCGGACGGGGUCACCAAGAACCCUGACAUCCUGGAGGGCAACACGGUUCGCAGCUUCUUGGAUAAAACUCACGGGGAAAAGAUGCGGUUCCUCUUCGUCCUCUCCAGUGUGGCCAAGAAUGAGAAGAUCCUGACAGCAGAGCUGCAUCUCUUCCACCUCUGGCCGAGGGUCACCGACAGGCCCAAAAGGCACCACGUCUGCCAAGUCAAUGUCUACCAAGUGCUGGAGAACGAGACGGAUGCCCCUGGAGGGAAGAAGCUGCUGGCAGCCAGGCUCAUCUCAUUGCAAGGCUCAGGCUGGGAGGUCUUUGCCAUCACGCAGGCUGUUCGCAACUGGACCGAAGACAAAAGCAGCAACCAGGGUUUGCUGGUGACGGUCCAGGGCCUGGACGGGAGCCCACUCGACCCCCCACUGCUGCAGUUUGCAUCUGGCAGGGACCACCACGAGAGCAAGAAGCCCAUGUUGGUCCUGUUCACAGACGAUGGGCGCCGGGGGGCGUCCCCAGCCAUGGCCAGUUUCCCAGAUUUACAGCCUCAGGUUCCCAUUCUCCCUGCCAAGAUGCCAGUGCCCAAGCUGACUGGGCUGCGCAGCACGCGCUCGCUGAACUGGCUCCAGCCCUGCCAGAGGCAUCCCUUGUCCGUGGACUUUGAGGAGAUCGGCUGGUCCGGCUGGAUCAUCUCGCCACGGGGGUACAACGCCUACCACUGCAAGGGCUCCUGCCCCUUCCCGCUGGGUGAGAACAUGCGGCCGACGAACCAUGCCACCGUACAGUCCAUCAUCAACGCCCUCAAGCUGAGCGAGGGUGUCAGCAGCCCCUGCUGCGUGCCCGACAAGCUCUACUCCAUCAACCUCCUCUACUUCAACGAUGAUGAGAACGUGGUCCUCAAGCAGUAUGACGACAUGGUGGCCGGGAGCUGUGGCUGCCACUGA